AUGCUGGGAGUAUACUGAACAUUUUCUCACCGAACUGCUGGGUCCACCACUACCAUCGCUUACUCUUUGCCGUGAUGACUAUAUAAUUAUAAAAUAUUUCACCAGAUGUCGCCAUUUAUUAGUCAUGGCGACAAUUGCACCAAAUGCAUUAGUCAGUAAAAGAAAGAAACAUUUUCUCGGUGUUCCAGCUCCUCUGGGUUAUGUUGCUGGUGUUGGAAGAGGUGCUACUGGAUUCACCACUCGGUCAGAUAUCGGUCCUGCCCGUGAUGCAAGUGAUGUACCUGACGAUCGCCACGCACCAGCAAAUAAACGGAAAAAGAAAGAUGAAGAUGAGGAUGAUGAUGAAGACUUGAAUGAUUCUAAUUAUGAUGAGUUUGCUGGUUAUGGAGGAAGUUUGUUCAGUAAAGACCCUUAUGACAAAGAUGAUGAAGAAGCAGAUGCUAUUUAUGAAGCCAUUGACAAGCGGAUGGAUGAAAAAAGAAAAGAAUACAGGGAGGCCAAACUUAAAAGAGAGCUAGAAAGAUAUCGACAGGAGCGUCCAAAAAUCCAACAGCAGUUUAAUGAUUUAAAGAGAGACUUGGCUAGUGUAACUGAAAGUGAUUGGAAGACCAUCCCCGAGGUUGGUGAUGCUCGUAAUAAGAGACAACGGAAUCCUCGUCCAGAAAAGUUCACUCCUAUGCCAGACUCCAUUUUAACAAAAGCAGCAUUGGGAGGAGAUUCUGUCACAACAGUAGACCCUCGUCAACAGGCCUAUAGUGUUGGACUAGCUACUCCUUUUCCCGGUACAACAACACCAGGUGGCUUAAUGACACCAGGAUGGGCCACACCAAGUGGUGACCUGGACUUGAGAAAGAUUGGACAAGCAAGGAACACUCUUAUGGACAUUAAACUGAACCAGGUUUCUGAUUCAGUGAGUGGCCAGACUGUAGUUGAUCCUAAAGGUUAUUUGACAGACUUACAGUCCAUGAUUCCAACACAUGGAGCUGACAUUAGUGACAUCAAGAAAGCUAGGCUUCUGCUGAAUUCUGUGAGAGAGACCAAUCCUAACCACCCUCCUGCUUGGAUAGCCUCAGCUCGAUUGGAGGAAGUGACAGGAAAGAUACAGGCUGCAAGAAACCUCAUCACUAAGGGCUGCGAGAUGUGUCCCAACUCGGAAGACGUUUGGCUUGAAGCAGCACGUCUUCAGCCUAACGAUUUGUCUAAAGCUGUUAUAGCCCAAGCUGUACGCCACAUGCCAUCAUCUGUAAGAAUAUGGAUCAAAGCAGCAGACUUAGAAACAGAAAUUAAAGGAAAACGACGGGUUUAUAGAAAAGCAUUGGAACAUAUUCCAAACUCUGUGAGGUUAUGGAAGGCAGCAGUUGAAUUGGAAGAACCUGAAGAUGCUCGGAUCCUCCUAAGCAGAGCAGUGGAAUGCUGUUCAACUAGUGUUGAGCUAUGGUUAGCUUUGUCUCGACUUGAAACAUAUGACAAUGCAAGAAAGGUUUUGAACAAAGCUCGAGAAAAUAUACCCACUGACCGUCAGAUCUGGAUCACAGCUGCUAAACUGGAAGAAGCGAACAAAAAUAUGCAUAUGGUGGAGAAGAUUAUAGACAGAGCUAUCAGCUCUUUAAGAGCAAAUGGAGUAGAAAUCAAUCGAGAGCAGUGGUUUAAGGAUGCCAUAGAGUGUGAGAAGUCAGGGUCUGUGCUGACCUGUCAGGCCAUUAUUAAAACGGUCAUUGGUAUUGGAGUAGAAGAUGAGGAUCGCAAACACACGUGGAUGGAGGAUGCUGAUAUGGUACUGAAACCGUGGUUUUCAUAUUUUGCUAAGUUUUACGGGAAUGAAACUCAACCAAAGUUUUGCUUGCAAUCAUUUCAUGGUUUUAUGUUAUUAUAUUCAAUUUUUUUAUUUUUAAUACAGGGUGAUGUUCCCGCAGCAAGAAGUAUCCUGUCUCUAGCUUUUCAGGCUAACCCUAACAGUGAAGAAAUCUGGUUGGCUGCUGUGAAGCUAGAAAGUGAAAACAACGAGUAUGAAAGAGCCCGCCGUUUAUUGGCAAAGGCCCGUUCUAGUGCCCCGACAGCCAGGGUGAUGAUGAAGUCUGUGAAGUUGGAGUGGGCUCUAGGUGAUCUAAUCCAGGCAAAAUCACUUCUAGAAGAAGGCUUGAAGCUUUAUCCAGAGUUCCCCAAGUUGUGGAUGAUGAAAGGACAGAUUCUUGAACAAGAACAAAAACCUGAAGCUGCAAGAGAUGCUUUCAACCAAGGAGUAAGUAGCGUAACUGAAACACAUCACCCUCUAACAGUUAAACUACAUCAUCCUUUGGAAUCGUUGGAAACACUUUUGCAGAGAGCAGUGGCUCAUUGUCCUAAGGCAGAAGUUUUGUGGUUGAUGGGAGCAAAAUCCAAGUGGUUAGCAAAAUUAGAAACUAAACCUUUGUGCUCUCGAAUAAAACCAAUUUUUGUUAUCUUGACCACAGCUAUGCAGGAAUGUCCAGGAAGUGGAAUUCUUUGGGCAGAAGCCAUCUUCAUGGAGGCAAGACCACAGAGGAAGACCAAGAGUGUGGAUGCAUUGAAACGCUGUGAACAUGAUUCGCAUGUAUUGCUAGCUGUGUCCAAACUGUUUUGGUCAGAAAGAAAGACAACAAAAGCAAGGGAGUGGUUUACUCGUACAGUAAAGAUCGAUCCUGACCUUGGAGAUGCCUGGGCCUAUUUUUUCAAGUUUGAAAUGUUACAUGGUACUGAGGAGCAACAAGACGAGGUUAGGAAGGGCUGUGUUAAUGCUGAGCCACACCAUGGAGAGCACUGGUGUUCUGUAUCAAAGGACAUCCAAAACUGGAGGAAGAAGACAGUGGAAAUUCUUGUUCUCGCAGCCAAUGCUGUGCUUAUCCCGGUAUGAUUAAUGUUGGCAGGUAAAGUGGGACCCAAGAAGAUUAUUACGACCUGUUUUUCACUCUUCAAGUUCAUUUUGUAUAUCCAGUUCAAAUAAAAUCUUGAAAAUAGCUAGAGGUGUGUAUCUAACUAAAAAGAUUUCUGGUAAG